CUAGUGGGUAGGCCAAAGCACUUUAUUUGAAUCAAUAUCUUAAAAAGAAAAGAAUUGUUCUCUUCUACACAUCCAUUUCUCCUAAGUUUCUUCCUUCAGGAGUCAAAUGUGAAGGGAAUGUGGAAUCAGUUAACUGAAGGAAACACCCUAUGAUGUUACUAGCAUCUCACAGCUGCAGAUAGAUGCAUACAUCAUUGAUUUAGUCUAACAGAGAUACCUUCCCUCAUAAUGUGGCUUUCCCAUGUUAGGUACACUUGUUUCUUCACAUUACAAAAGAAGACCCUUCUCACUCAGUUCACGUUCUCACUUUUUUUGUGCCUGCAUCAUCAUUUACUUAAAUGCUGAACCUUCAAGAGGGUUCUUCUUCUGGACUAAAAGUAGGAAUUUUUAGCUGUUUUGUUUUGUCACAAAAUGGUUGGUCUCAUUUUCAUGGUUUUUCAGAUCUGCGUCUUUACUCUUUCAUCUUAUAAUGGGGUGCUAAAAAAAGGGUCUAUAAAGCUUGUUUAUUGAGUCCUUCCUUUUUGUAUUUGUACUUGUAGCGCUUUUUGCUUGAAGUGUGAAUCUGUUUCCAAGAGGCAAUGGCUCCGAGCUUUGAUUUUUCCAAUAGGUGGAUGAAGGGUUCUUCUCAGAAGGGAACCUCAGUGGUGGUGACAAUGGAGAACCCAACUUUUUCUGUUGUGGAGAUUAAUGGUGCUGAUGCUGCAUUCAGGCCAGUGGAGAAAACCCGUGGCAAGAAUGCUAAGCAAGUCACAUGGUUCUUGCUUCUCAAGGCUCAUAGUGCUAUUGGUUGUGUCACUUGGCUUGCCACUGUUGUGUGGUCAUUGUUGGGAGCUAUUAAGAAGAGGUUGAUUCAUAGGGAAGGUGUGCCCUUAGAGAGUGACAAGUUGGAAAGAGGGAAGGUGUUGUUUAGAGUCAUCAAAGUGUUCUUAGUGAGUUCUUUGGUGAUUUUGGUGUUUGAGGUGGUUGCUUAUUUGCAAGGUUGGCAUUUUAGGAAUCCCAGUUUGCACAUUCCUAGGACCUCGGAUUUGGAAAGCUUGAUGCACUUGGUUUAUGUUGCUUGGCUAAGGUUUCGUGCCGGGUACAUUGCUCCCCCAAUACAGGCACUUUCAAAGUUUUGUGUUGCUUUGUUUCUUAUACAAUCGAUGGACCGUAUGCUGCUUUGUUUGGGGUGCUUUUGGAUAAAGUACAAGAAGAUUAAGCCAAAGAUUGAUGGGGAUCUCCUCAAGAUUGAUGAUGAUGAUGAUGAUAUUGAAGGAUCUGAAUGUAACUAUCCCAUGGUUCUGGUUCAAAUUCCCAUGUGUAAUGAGAGAGAGGUGUAUGAGCAGUCUAUUUCUGCAGUUUGCCAAAUUGAUUGGCCAAGAGACCGUUUAUUGAUACAAGUUCUUGAUGAUUCUGAUGAUGAGAGCAUACAAUGGUUAAUUAAGACUGAGGUCACAAAAUGGAGCCAAAAAGGAAUCAACAUAAUCUACCGGCAUCGCUUAGUCAGGACUGGGUAUAAAGCUGGGAAUCUCAAGUCUGCUAUGAGCUGUAACUAUGUGAAAAACUACGAGUUUGUUGCAAUUUUUGACGCAGAUUUUCAACCAAAUCCUGAUUUUCUUAAGCAAACUGUGCCAUAUUUCAAGGACAAUCCUAAAUUAGGCCUUGUCCAAGCUAGAUGGGCCUUUGUGAACAAGGAUGAGAACUUGUUGACACGUCUCCAGAACAUUAAUUUAUGCUUCCAUUUUGAGGUAGAACAGCAGGUCAAUGGGGUGUUUCUCAAUUUUUUCGGAUUCAAUGGAACGGCUGGUGUUUGGAGAAUCAAAGCCCUGGAAGAUUCUGGGGGCUGGCUAGAGAGGACAACUGUAGAAGACAUGGACAUUGCUGUGCGAGCUCAUCUCAAUGGUUGGAAAUUUUUCUUUGUAAAUGAUGUAAAGGUUCUUUGUGAAGUUCCUGAGUCCUAUGAAGCUUAUAGGAAGCAGCAGCAUAGAUGGCAUUCAGGUCCUAUGCAACUUUUCAGAUUGUGUCUUCCAGCAAUUUUGAGGUCUAAGAUAUCAGCAUGGAAGAAAGGGAAUUUAAUACUUCUAUUCUUUCUAUUGAGAAAACUUAUUCUUCCCUUUUACUCCUUCACCUUAUUUUGCAUAAUUCUUCCUUUAACCAUGUUUGUCCCUGAGGCAGAACUUCCUCUAUGGGUGAUCUGCUAUGUUCCUGUAUUUAUGUCAUUCCUCAACAUUCUUCCGGCCCCAAAAUCAUUCCCUUUUAUCGUUCCAUACCUUCUCUUUGAAAAUACCAUGUCUGUCACCAAGUUCAAUGCAAUGAUAUCUGGACUAUUCCAAUUGGGAAGCUCUUAUGAAUGGAUUGUCACAAAGAAAGCUGGGAGAUCAUCAGAGUCUGAUUUAGUGGCGGCCGCAGAAAUGGAAACUAAGUCAAUAGAACAACAAAAGAUCCAUAAAGGAGCUUCUGAUAGUGUUCUUGUUGAGUCAAACCAAUGUAAGGAACAUGAAGCAACUGAAGCACCUGUUAAGAAAACUAAUAAAAUAUACAAGAAAGAGUUGACUUUGGCAUUUCUCCUUCUAACAGCUUCUGUUAGGAGUCUAUUAUCUGCACAAGGAGUUCAUUUUUACUUUCUGCUUUUCCAAGGAGUGACUUUCCUCCUUGUUGGUCUUGAUCUAAUUGGAGAGCAAAUGAGCUAGUUUUGAUUCAAAAGAUGAAAGUGGAGAAUAAAUGGAAAAUUAGUUACAUGCACUUUCUAGCUGCAAAUCAAGCAAUGGAGAAAAAGAAGGUUCAGUCCUUUUGAUUUGUUUCAAGUUCCAGAGAGUGUUUCUCUUUUGAUUCUGUUCUUAUGAUUCAUCCCAAAUUUUAAACAUAGGGCCCUGGUUAUUAUAUUCAAUUCUUGCUCUCAGUUAGAUAAGAAUGGAAAAUUUUUUAGUUUUGUAAGUAGUUGUAGUUAGCAUCUAUUCUUGGGUUUUAUUUGGGGGGAGUUCAUAUUCAAGUUUAUUAUUAUUAUUAUUUUACAAUUCCAUAGGUCUGAGUGGAGUGUAAGCUAAACUUUAUUGAUUCUUCUUGAACCAUAGGGGCCUCCUAUAUGGUAAAAAUGGUACAUCUUUCUGUACAUUCAUUCUGUUUAUAUAAUGUAAACAAAUAAUUUUCAA